AGCUCAGUUGAGAGUACAGCCCCCGUCUCUUAUCUCCGCUUUUAAUGAGGAAUACGCCUUUCCUGGGUGGGGACUGCGCAUCCUUCAUCGCGUCGCAUACAAGAACAACUCACAGCUGAGUUGUACAGUUAAUUAAAUAGAUCUGCAAGAACAUCUAAUUUUUCCACUGGACGUGUUCACAGUUAGGCAAGAGAAUGCAGUGAACGGCACGGACAGCGAUGGAAGUCCGCGGAUAUGAUUCGUAUAAUUAAAAACAGAGAAUAAGGACUUUUACUCGAAACGGAUUCAUAAAUAGUGUAGUAAAAGCAAUACAGGCAGAUCACUGUACUGACCCUCCAAGUCACACCAGCUCUGCCACCGAAAUUAACUUGGUAAAGUGAAUGACGCUUGGUAUAAGAUCUCUGGAACAAUUUGAAUUACUGCCAAAAGCUGAUUUGGCUCUGCCUACUUAAUAAAAUGUAAUAUUUCCUAUCCAUCCAUCCAUCGAUCAUCCAUUGUCCAAUCCGCUUAUCCUACUGGGUCGCGGGGGGUCCGGAGCCUAUCCCAGAAGCAACGGGCACGAGGCAACCUCACAGGAUCUGGAGUGCGUUUCCAUUCUGUUGCACCAUCAGUCAGUUCAGCGCACGUCCUCAGACACCAUGCUGCUGAAAGAGUACAGAAUCUGCAUGCCUCUCAGUGUGGAGGAGUACAGGAUAGGGCAGCUGUAUACUAUAAGCAAGCACAGUCACGAGGAGAGCCACACAGGGGAGGGAGUGGAGGUGGUGUGCAACAAACCGCACAUGGACCCAGUUCAUGGUGAAGGGCAGUUUACGGAGAAGAGGGUCCAUCUGUCCAGUAAGCUUCCCAGUUGGGCCUAUGCCGUAGUGCCUCGUCUUUUUUACAUCACAGAAAAGGCUUGGAAUUACUAUCCAUACACAAUUACUGAGUACACAUGCUCCUUUUUGCCGAAGUUUUCGAUACACAUAGAAACAAAAUAUGAAGACAAUUGUGGAACCAAUGAAAAUAUUUUUGGCUUGGAGAAAAAUGCCUUUGACACAGAGGUAUGCUUCUUGGACAUAGCCCAUGACGUCAUCCCAGAAAGGCAUUACAGAAUCUCAGAGGACCCCGGGAUUUUUUCCUCGACUAAAACAGGCCGGGGCCCACUACAGAAAGGCUGGAAGGAGAACAGCAACCCUGUCAUGUGCUCUUACAAACUCGUUGCAGUCAAAUUUGAGGUUUGGGGCCUUCAGACGAGGGUUGAACAGUUUGUUCAUAAGGUAAUCAGGGAUAUUUUGCUGGUUGGACAUCGCCAAGCCUUUGCAUGGGUGGAUGAGUGGUAUGAUAUGUCCAUGGAGGAGGUGCGGCAGUUUGAGCGGACAAUUCAGAGAGCCACCAAUGAGAAGAUUGGCUUGGUGACCCCCACCAUCUCCACGAAAAUAGUUCCAUCCACGGUAGGCAUGCACUGUAGCCCCUCCAGUGCCCCCUCGACUCCAGUCAAUGCAGACUCUCCGGAAUUCCUAAGUUUGCCCAAAGAUCGGCCACGGAAGACCUCAGCACCCAACACUCUAACUCUUCCAGAACUAAAGGAAGGCACCAAUUGACUGCUUCAGAACUAUAUAAGCCUGCACGUUCCACUUAUUCUUUUUCAAAGGACUCAUUGCCUUAUCAAGCUUAUGUCAUUAGCAGGGGUGUUUUUUAAGGGGGCUUUAAUCCCCCUUAAAUGUUUUUUAGCCCCCACCCCCAAAUAAAUGUGUAUUUAUUGGCUUAAGUCGUGCCAUCAGCCCUCCCUAGUAACGAUUCAGCCACCCCAUCCAUUCAUCUCUGAUUGCUCCCCUGGCCAUUAAUUAUAAUGGAUCUGAUUUGCUUUAAUGUUCUGAAAACCUGCAGUGCAACUUUGGGAGAAGAUGACAAGGACAAUGAGGAAUCAUUUUGUUUUUAUUUUCAAACAGCAUUUUGUUUAAUGCAUAAUGUUGGCUGUUACAAGUGGACAGAAUAGUAUGAGGAUUGGGGUCUAGGUAUUCCAGAGAACCCUUGCAAUAUUGUGACCUGAACACUAAAGAUGAACACUUCAUCUCAUUUAAUCAAGGGAAAAAGAUAUCUAUUAUACAGGGGGAUUCUUUGUUCUGAAUUAAGUUAGACUGCUUUAAAAAUCCUAUUUGUAUAUGUGAUACUUAUAGAAUACAGAAAAUAAAUAUUAUUUUAACCUGUCUUUAGGAAUUAGAAAAUAUUGAUAAUUUCUUCAUAGGUAGGGCAAUUUGGACACUUUGAAAAUGAAAGAUAAGCAAAUCCCUUUGCUAAUGGAUUUGAAUAUGAAUUUCCCAUAUAAAUGCAACUUUCUGCCUUUUUUAGCUGAUUCUCUUAUGAUUAUCUUGUCAAGAUUCGUAAUAGUCUAGUAAAAGUAAUUAUAUACAGUACUUUUUUAUAGAUAUGGUAAAAUUUUUAUCUGUUUAACAUGGUAUUCAUAUUUAUGAAAUUGCACUAGGAUAUUUACGUUGAUCACCAUUUGCUCUGCUGAUAUUCUUUCACAAACAAACACUUAAGUAGAAUUAAAUGGAAAUGUUGUAAUUGAUUAUAUCUUAGCUAAGAAAAAGGUUACAUAGACCAUUUGACUGCCUGACAUAUUUUUUGGAGAAAUGCAAAUGUUUAGACAAAAUUAAGCUAGGUGUCUAAUUAGAUUUUUUCCUCUGAAAGUUUACUUAAAAUAUUUGGAAGGGUUCUUAAGCUAAGAGAUUUGUAUUAGGGUUAUCGUAUGAAUGAUAUCUCAAAUGUCUUACUUUGUGUUCUUUUAAUAUGUAAAAAUAUAUUGGUAUUACUGCUAA